GGCCCAGCCCAACCCAGCCAGACGGCUCCCCACAGUGUAAAUGAGGACGAUGCCCACUGGCCCACGUGGGGAGGGGAUGUAGAGGGCAGCGGCGCCGGCCGCUCCUGGCACCAUGGACGAUGCCGCGGUCCUAAGGAAGAAGGGUUACAUCGUGGGCAUCAAUCUUGGCAAGGGCUCCUACGCAAAAGUCAAAUCUGCCUACUCAGAGCGCCUCAAGUUCAAUGUGGCAGUCAAGAUCAUCGACCGCAAGAAAACACCCACUGACUUUGUGGAGAGAUUCCUUCCUCGGGAGAUGGAUAUCCUAGCAACUGUCAACCACCGCUCCAUCAUCAAGACCUAUGAGAUCUUCGAGACAUCUGACGGGCGCAUCUACAUCGUCAUGGAGCUUGGGGUCCAGGGUGACCUCCUGGAGUUUAUCAAGUGCCGGGGAGCCCUGCAUGAGGAUGUGGCGCGCAAGAUGUUUCGCCAGCUCUCCUCUGCUGUCAAGUACUGCCACGAUCUAGACGUCGUCCACCGAGACCUCAAGUGCGAGAACCUUCUCCUUGAUAAGGACUUCAACAUCAAGUUGUCUGACUUCGGCUUCUCCAAGCGCUGCCUGCGGGAUGGCAGCGGGCGCAUCACCCUCAGCAAGACCUUCUGUGGGUCAGCAGCAUACGCGGCCCCUGAGGUGCUGCAGGGCAUCCCCUACCAGCCCAAGGUGUAUGACAUCUGGAGCCUGGGCGUGAUCCUCUACAUCAUGGUCUGUGGCUCCAUGCCCUAUGACGACUCUGACAUCAAGAAGAUGCUGCGCAUCCAGAAGGAGCACCGUGUGGACUUCCCCCGCUCCAAGAACCUGACAGGCGAAUGCAAGGACCUCAUCUACCGCAUCCUACAGCCGGACGUCAACCGGCGGCUGCACAUCGAUGAGAUCCUCAGCCACUCGUGGCUGCAGCCCCCUAAGCCCAAAGCCAUGUCUUCUGCAUCCUUCAAGAGGGAGGGUGAGGGCAAGUACCGAGCUGAGUGCAAACUGGACACUAGGCCAGGCUCUCGGCCUGAGCACCGGCCCGAUCACAAGCUGGGAGCCAAAACCCAGCACCGGCUGCUGGUAGUGCCUGAAAAUGAGGACAGGAUGGAGGACAGGCUGGCCGAGACCUCCAGGGCAAAAGAUCAUCACAUCCCUGGAACCGAGGUGGGGAAAGCGAGCACUUAGCGUGCAGAGGGCCCCAGGGGUGUGGUGCACAGUGCGCCCACGUAAACUAGUAGGCAGGUAGGAGCUGAAGAAGGCACAGGUGCAAGGCACAAGUAAAAUCCGUCAAUUAAACCACUAUUUUGAUUAC